GAAAGUCUCUCCAUUAUAAAAAAGGAACAUAGGGCUUUCCUCUCUUUCUCGUAUGCAAAGAAACACAAUAAUGGCGCUGAAGCUGCACGGACCAGCCAUGUCCACAAGCACCUCUCUUGUGAUAACCUGUCUCCAUGAGAAAGAAGUAGAUUUUGAGCUCGUCCCUGUUGAUCUUUUUGCCGGCGAACAUAAGCAGCCUCAUUUCCUAGCCAAGAAUCCCUUUGGUCAGGUUCCGGUUCUUGAAGAUGGUGAUCUCACUUUAUUUGAAUCAAGAGCAAUCUCAACAUACGUAGCUGAAAAGUUCAAAGAAACUGGCUAUGAUCUAACAAGGCAACAAAACCUGCAAGAAGCUGCAUUAGUGAAGGUAUGGAUGGAGGUAGAAUCUCAGCAAUUCUGCCCUGCAAUAGCUCCAAUUGUCUACCAAUUUUACGUGGAUCCUCUUAAAGGUGUUUCGCCUGAUCAAGCAAUGAUUGACGUCAACUUAGAGAAGCUAGGGAAAGUGCUGGACAUAUACGAAGCUAGGCUGAGUAGCACCAAGUACCUGGCAGGAGAUUUCUAUAGUUUGGCUGAUCUUCACCACAUUCCUUACACGCACUAUCUCAUGAAAACUCCUGCAGCUUCCGUCAUUAAUGAACGUCCUCAUGUGAAGGCUUGGUGGGAGGAUAUUUCUUCCAGGCCAGCUUCUAAGAAAACAGCAGAAGGUAUGACUUUUGGUGAGAAAUGAAAUUAUCUUGAAGACUCGAGCAUUAAUAUUACAACUAUUUCAAGAGCUAGCUAGAUUUUAUAAAAUUGUGAUCUUAAUGUGCUGGAAUUAUUGGAACAAUGUACCAAAUAAAAUUUUCUCUUCCCAACGGUUAAGUUUUUCAGUA